GCCAUGGAUGUAGCACUCUCUCCUAUGAGAACACAGGAUCUGGACCCCACGCCAUCUGAUGCUUCUCCCAUGCUUAUAAACAUGACUCCUACAGUAGAUGGGGAAGAGGAUGUCAUGAAAGAGCUUGAUUCUGGACAGCAAUAUGACAAGCCACCUCCUCUACACACUGGGGCUGAUUGGAAGAUUGUUCUUCAUUUGCCAGAAAUUGAGACAUGGCUUCGAAUGACAUCUGAAAGAGUCAGGGAUCUGACUUAUUCUGUCCAGCAGGACUCAGAUAGCAGACAUGUGGAUGUGCAUCUAGUGCAGCUAAAGGAUAUUUGUGAAGAUAUAUCCGAUCAUGUUGAACAAAUUCAUGCUCUACUAGAGACUGAGUUUUCUCUGAAGCUUCUCUCUUACUCUGUCAACGUGAUAGUCGAUAUCCAUACAGUACAACUACUCUGGCACCAGCUCCGUGUUUCUGUUCUGGUUCUGAGAGAGCGCAUUCUCCAGGGGCUACAAGACGCUAAUGGAAACUACACCAGACAGACUGAUAUUCUACAAGCAUUUUCUGAAGAGACAAAGGAGGAUCGACUUGACUCUUUAACUGAAGUUGAUGAUUCUGGACAGCUAACCAUCAAAUGUUCUCAAAAUUACUUGUCAUUGGAUUGUGGUAUUACCGCAUUUGAACUAUCUGACUACAGUCCAAGUGAAGAUUUGCUUGGUGCUCUAGACGACAUGACCUCCAGCCAAGGUAAAGCAAAAUCAUUUGAAUCCUGGAACUACAGUGAGAUGGAUAAGGACUUUCCAGGACUUAUCAGAAGUGUGGGUUUACUUGCAGUAGCAACAGAUUCCAUUGCUCCUCAGAGUAACGAAGCAUUAAAUGAGAAAAAACAUUUACCUCUUGCAUCAGAAGAUGGAGAUGAAAGCAAGGACAGGAAAGGACCACAUGAGCUUUCACAUUCUCCUUCUAAUUCUCCAGUUACUGAAGGACCUUGCUCUGAAGAUGGCGUCUCAUCAACUGAGAACAAAACAGUUUCUGCACAGAAGAAACCAGAAUACAAUCUUUCACAACUCAGUGAUGAAAAAAUCAAACACCCUCACUGUGAAAACUCAAAUUCUAAGAGAUCCAUAAGAGACUGCUUUAACUAUAAUGAAGAUUCCCCCACACAGCCUACUUUGCCAAAAAGAGGUCUGUUUCUGAAAGAUGAUGUAUUUAAAGACUACAUGGAAACCAAUGACUUUAAAAGGCAAAUCUCUCAGAUAGUAAAGAAUGAAAUGAGUAGAAGUACACCCUCACUGUUAGAUCCACCAGACAGGUCCAAACUUUGCCUGGCUUUACAGUCAACCUAUAGUAGUCCAUCUGCUGUUAGUCAGUCUUAUGAUUGCUUAAAUAAAAUAGGCGAUAGUAAUCUUGAGUACACAAUAAAUAAUCACUUUAAGAACAGUCCUGUGAGUCUAGGAAAACCUGCUUACUAUACCUGUAAAGAAAAAUCAAAGCACAAGAAGUCUCAUGACACUCUACAGAAAGUGAAAGCUGGCAGAAUGUCUGUACGUAUGUGUAAAACAGCUCCACCAACAGAAGUAAAAAAAAGAGAACGUUCUCUACAAAAUGGAAUUACUUCUCAUAACUCUCAGUGUCUAGAGGGCGCAGAAACUGAUUCUUUUUCUGCAUCAUCAGAUGCUUGUAAUCAGGGAGACCUAAAUGGACAAUCACAAGGUAAAACUGAGCCUUUUAGUUCACCAUGUAGCCAAAAGAGUGCUUCCUCAGCUAGUUCUGAACAUAUCAACUCAUCACCUCUUUUACCAAGAAGAAAGAAAAAUAAAAGUGUAUCCUCAUCACCACGUUAUAGUCAUAAACACAGUAAAGAUGGUGAGAUCUGGUAUGGUUCUGAUGAAUAUUUAGCACUUCCUUCACAUCUCAAACAGACUGAAGUGUUAGCUUUAAAACUAGAAAAUUUGACAAAGCUGCUGCCUCAAAGGCCCAGAAGAGAAGCUAUUCAAAAUAUUGAUGACUGGGAGUUGUCAGAAAUGAACUCAGAUUCAGAAAUGUAUCCUACAUACCAGGUAAAAAAACACAAAAAAAUGGGUAGAAUUUCGCCAAGUUCUUCAAGUGAUAUAGUAUCUUCCUUGGGGGACAGUAUUGAAUCUGGGCCUCUCAGUGAUAUUCUCUCUGAUGAAGAUCUUUCUAUGCCUGUGUCUGGCAUUAAAAAAUAUACUGAAGGAAAGUUGGAAAGGACAGCUGCUACUCAGCGCACUGAGAAUGAAACUUCUGCCUCAAAUAAAUCAGCUUUAAUUCGUCAACUUAUGCAAGAUAUACAACAUCAAGAGAAUUAUGAAACCAUAUGGGAAAAAAUUGAGGGGUUUGUAAGCAAGCUGGAUGAAUUAAUUCACUGGUUAAAUGAAGCCAUGGAAACAACAGAGAAUUGGACUCCUCCUAAAGCAGAGACAGACAGUCUUAAACUGUACCUGGAGACACACUUGAGUUUUAAGUUGAAUGUUGAUAGCCACUGUGCUUUAAAAGAAGCAGUGGUAGAGGAAGGACGUCAACUUCUUGAGCUUAUUGUAUCUCACAAAUCAGGACUGAAGGACAUGCUGCAGAUGAUUGCAAGUCAAUGGAAAGAGCUACAGAGGCAAAUCAAACGGCAACACAGCUGGAUUCUUAGGGCUCUGGAUAUCAUCAAAGCAGAGAUACUGGCUACUGAUGUGUCUGCAGAGAAUGAGGAGGGGACUGGGAGCCCUAAGGCUGAGGUUCAGCUAUGCUAUCUGGAAGCACAAAGAGAUGCUGUUGAACAGAUGUCCUUAAAGCUGUACAGUGAGCAGUACAACAGUAGUAGCAAGCGAAAGGAAGAGUUUGCUGAUAUGUCAAAAGUUCACACAGUGGGAAGUAAUGGCCUUUUGGACUUUGAUUCAGAAUACCAGGAGCUCUGGGAUUGGCUGAUUGACAUGGAAUCCAUUGUGAUGGACAGCCAUGACCUGAUGAUGUCAGAGGAGCAGCAGCAGCAUCUUUACAAGAGAUACAGCGUAGAAAUGUCAAUCAGGCAACCGAAAAAGAUGGAACUGCUCAGUAAGGUUGAAGCUCUGAAGAAAAGUGGUGUUUUACUACCAAAUGAUCUCCUUGAAAAAGUGGAUUCAAUUAAUGAAAAAUGGGAACUGCUCGGGAAAACCCUAGGAGAGAAGAUCCAAGACACAAUGGUAGGGCACAGUGGGUUAGGUCCACGUGACCUGCUCUCGCCUGAAAGCGGCAGCCUGGUAAGGCAGCUGGAGGUCAGGAUCAAAGAGCUGAAAGGGUGGCUGAGAGAUACAGAGCUUUUCAUCUUCAAUUCCUGUCUGAGACAAGAAAAUGAAGGAACAAUGAAUGCUGAGAAACAACUGCAAUAUUUUAAGUCCCUAUGCUGUGAGAUCAAGCAGAGACGCCGUGGGGUUGCCUCUGUGCUGCGGCUGUGCCAGCACCUCCUGGAUGACCAGGAGACCUGCAACCUGAGUGCAGAUCACCAGUCCAUGCAGCUGAUAAUCGUAAACCUUGAGAGGAGGUGGGAAGCCAUUGUCAUGCAAGCUGUCCAGUGGCAGACAAGGCUACAGAAGAGACUGGAAAAAGACCCAGAGUCUCUGAACUUUAUUGAUCCAAGUUUGAUGGAUCUAAAUGGUCCAAGUGAAGAUGCACUAGAAUGGGAUGAAACUGAUAUUAGUAACAAGCUGAUCAGUGUUAAUGAAGAUUUAAGUGAUCCUGAUCAGGAACUCAAAAAAGAUGAUCUAAGCCAGAAAUCUACUUCAGGAGAAUGUGGCAGCAAUGAUGUGAAUGAAGAUGAAAGUAUCAGUGAUCGUGGAAGUCCUCUUUAUUGUUCCAGCAUUACUUCCCCUCCAAAUCCUCACAUCUAUCAGGUCUAUAGUCUUCAUAAUAUCGAAUUAUCAGAAAAAAAACACAUGCCUUUCUUGAAAAAAGCAUCAAAACUCUCCAGUGUAACACAGUCUAACAUUUUAAACAAAAGUCUUAGUAAAGACUCUUCGUUUUCAUCUACCAAAUCCUUGCCAGACCUAAUAGGGGGAACAAUAUUGGCAAAAUCGUAUAACUAUAUGUACCAGAGUGGGAACAUAAGCAGGCAUUCCGAGAGUGAAAGUGGAAUAGUGAGUGAAUGUGAUACAGAAACUACAAAUAAUUCAGAAAUUUUUUUACUAAAUGAUAUUGAAAGCACUCAGAGCAAUCCUGAAAUUGGUCACACAGGAACUCAAAUGGAUGACAUAAUUGAUGUAAUAAAACAAAAAAUAAAGCAAGAUGAAGAAGACCAUGCUAGUCUCUCAGAUGAUUUUCAGUUGGCACCAUCUGGAGGUUGUGGAAAUGAAAUUGAUAGGGACUUGGACAACAUUACCAUGUGUAAAACUGUUUGUUUAGAAGAACUGCAAGGAAAACAAGAUGUGUUUACAUUUUAUGAUUACUCAUAUCUUCAAGGCUCCAAAUUCAAAUUGCCAGCGAUAAUGAAACAGUCACAAACUGAAAAGACACAAACAGAGGGUGCUUUGUUUCAUGGUUUUUGUUUUGAUAAAAUACCUGGUAAAUCUGAACAUAAGCCUGGAGAGUCACAACCAGAUGAGUUUAUUCAUGACCAUAAUCUGGCAAAUAUCCCUGGAGGAUCAGAUCCCAAUUCCUCUAAGUCUGUGGAAACAGUAAGAAAACUAAUUGCUACAGAAAAUACAAGACAGCUUUCUGCUUUAUCUCAUAGUUCUUCAUUAGAAUCUCUGUCUGUAGUAGGUGAUUUAUUCAGCUCAGGUAUUUUUAAAAGUGGAGAUGGUCUUCAACGAAGCACCUCUUUGGAGAGCUGGCUGACUUCCUACAAAAGCAAUGAAGAUCUUUUUAGUCAUCAUGGCUCAGGAGACAUUAGUGCAAGCAGUGAUUCUGUUGGAGAGCUCAGCAAAAGGACAUUAGAUCUUCUGAAUCGUUUAGAGAACAUCCAGAGUCCAUUAGAACAAAAGAUAAAGCGCAGUAUCUCCGAUAUAACACUCCAAAGUAGUUCUCAAAAAAUGUCUUUUACUGGACAGCUGUCUGUAGAUAUUGCUUCCUCAGUAAAUGAAGACUCAGCAGCUUCUCUCACAGAGCUCAGCAGCAGUGAGGAUCUUUCUCUCUGUUCUGAAGACAUAGUACUGCACAGAAAUAAAAUACCAGAUUCAAAUGCAUCAUUUAGAAAACAUCUUAAUAGAUCUGUAGCUGAUGAGAGUGAUGUCAAUGUUAGCAUGAUUGUUAAUGUCUCCUGCACUUCUGCUUGCACUGAUGAUGAAGAUGACAGUGAUUUGCUUUCGAGUUCCACCCUUACCUUAACUGAGGAAGAGCUAGGUAUCAAAGAUGAAGAUGAUGACUCCAGUAUAGCAACUGAUGAGGAUAUUUAUGAAGAAUGCAAUUUAAUUUCAGGACUUGAUUAUAUAAAAAAUGAACUCCAAACUUGGAUGAGACCAAAAUUUUCUUUGACAAGAGAGAAGAGGAAAAGUAACCUCAGUGAUGAAAUUCAGCACAGUAAAGUUAGUAAUGAGACAUCAAAAGCCACAGAUACACUGAACAUUGAAGCACUUUUGAAUGGUUCGGUGCAGAAAAUAACAGAAAAUAAUGGCAACAGUAAGAAUGUAUCACGUAAUCAUGAAAAGGGAACAAAGGGUCACCUGAUGAAAGAUAUCUCUCAGGUUGUGAAGGAUCAACUUGUGGAUGAUAUGGAGAAUGGCAAUGUUGAAAAUACUCUUGCCAGUCAUAAGGGAGAUCUUGUUAGAACAUCAGCAACUUCCAAAACUCAUGCAUCACUUGGUGUAAAAGAAGCUGAAAAUGAAUUUCAUAUCUGUGAAGCAUUUACAGACAGUUCGGAUGAUUCACAUAUGGAUGGAAAAGAGACUGUUCUGUUGUCAGUUGGAUCCAGAAACCCUCCAAAAGAAUGUCAAAGUCAUCUUCGGUCUGAUUAUCACUGCACUGCUUUCUCUCCUGCUAAAAAGCCUUGUCUUGAAUCUUCCUCAGAAACAAGCUCUGUAGACACACAAGCUGCUACUUUUCAAACAUCCUUAGCUGAUGAUCAACAACACAAAAUAAGCAUUGCUGAAAAAUCUACUGAUUGCUGUGCAGUCUUGAAAUCUAGUAAGGCAGAAUAUGACUCCUCAGCCAAUGGACCUGAUUUAUGCUGUAACUGUGACUCUGCUGCUUUUGAUAAAAGAAAUAUGGAAGAUGACUCAGUACACAACUUUGUGAAGGAGAUAAUAGACAUGGCAUCAACAGCUUUGAAAAGUAAGUCACAACCUGAAUGUGAGUCAUCUGCUCCAGCUUCAUUAACACAGAUAAAGGAAAAAGUGUUGGAACACUCUCACAGACCCAUUGAGCUAAGAAAAGGGGACUUCUAUUCUUAUCUUUCACUUUCUUCUCAUGAUAGUGACUGUGGAGAAGUAAUCAAAUACAUAGAGGAAAAGAGCAGUACACCUGUGCCACUGGACUUUACAGAUGAGAGAGAUAAUAUUGAAUGCUUUUUUGAAGCAUGCCCUGAAGAUGAACGUGUUGAGCAACAGCAAUCCAUUUGUAAUGGUACUCCUGAAGCAAGAGCUGAGCAGCAGCAGCAGCCAAUUUGUAAUGUUACUUCUGAAACAUCUCCAGAGUCACCAGAUGAAUUGACUUUGGCAUCAUUAGGAAAAGUUAAAGCUUCAUUAGAAGAUAGUGAUUUAUCUUUUCUAUGUGAUGAUGACAAUAUAAAUUCCUGCAAUCCUAACAAAGAAAAUGCAUCAAACAAUUUGAAAAAUGCUGUGGAUGAUUUGUUGAUUUCAGACUGGCAAACAGAAGGUUUGGAUAAGAAUUUUCCAGAGCUCAGCAGUACAAACAGUAGUAUAGGAAAAUCACCUGGAACUGAAGAUCCCAAAGGAUGUGUUGCUGCUUCUGAAGAGGCUUCAGCUACAGAGUUUCGUUUAAAGCAUGACCAUUCACAGAAUGAGGAGGUUUUACACCAGAACGCUAAAACUCUUACUUGUGAAGAAAAUCUCUUGAAUCUUCAUAAAGAAAGACGUUUUAAUAUGCGCAGAUAGAAUGUAACACUCUCCAGGCAUAUACAUUAUCCUAAAAACAGAAACUUGGCUGCAAUUCAGGUGCAGGUUCAUCCUGUAAACCCUGGGAUGACCUCCAAUUCCAUUGUAUCACUGCCUUUCAUUACACUGACUCCCAAGAUAAAUUUUUUUUUGAAAUGUGAUUUGUCCAUGUUGGCUUUGUGAUCAGAUUGCAUAUGCUAGUCCUAUUUCAGUGAUCAUUUUGUGUGGUAGCAAAGCCAUUGCUUUCAUAUGGAUUCCUCUCCCAAGCUACCUCUAAUGACCUCCCUUCCUAAAUUGAAUGCUCCUGUACUACUUAUCACUGUUUCUGUUCUUUAAAGUUUUGAAGUUCCACAGGAUUUAUUAUCAAUCUGAUUCAUCUUUUCAGUACUGUACCUGCCAGUACUCCUCUAUUUUGUGUAUCAAAUUUAAUAUUUAUGUGUAUAAUGCAUAAACUUAUUGAAGCUAUUUUGAUUUGACAAUUCUGUUGGAUUGCAGCAAAAGGAAAUCAUUUAUCCUCCUGAUUCAA